GGAUCCGGAGCACUGAGCAGCUUUGGAGUGUCGCAAGACACAGUGUUUGCUCUCCUUGGCCCGAACGGCGCGGGCAAAUCAACGACGUUCAACAUGAUCCGUUUGUCAUUCCUUGACAUUGUCUUUGGCAUGUCAGACAUUCCUCACACUGGCGUUUAUGUGGUCAACCACCCGCGUUCCGCCCGUCUCUCACUAUAGCCUGCUAUACCGUGGCGAGGAGCUCACUCGGAACGUCCAGGCGUUGGUACUAUGCGCAACGUCAUUGGACAUUUAUGCGGACCGCCUGGCUGUACGGCUGCCGGGUGGAAAUCAGCGCAAGCUGGCGUUGGCCAUCGCGCUCAUAGGGAACUCGUGCUCGAUGAGUUCUCCACGGGUAUCGACACUUGAGAUGGAGGUCGUGUUUGCUGCAGCUGUGGGCACAACCGAUGCACUGGCCCAACGGUAUGCCACCUACGAGGUGCAUUUCUGUUGUCCGACGUGCGAUGAGGUCGUCCGCGCACAGGAGCUCAUGACACAAAUUCCCGGAGCAUGCAUGGCAGACGCGUCGCGACGCGCUUCAAAGUGCCGCUCGGGACGAACAUGUCCCUUGCGCGACUCUUCGGGUUACUCUCAUCGCAAGAGGACUUCGCGCGGAGUUCACCGUACAAAGAGCGGGACUGGGGAGCAUGUUCUUGUCUCCAGUCCGUUCUUUGUAGAGCGAAGGUCAUCUGAGAGAACGAUGUGCUAUGAGGACCGCUCGACGCCUAAGCGGAGGUGGCAGAGGACUUGCUGAUAGUGGUCAGCCAUUGUUUUGCUCGAAGCCGUGGCUCUCGUGAAAGCUACGUCGGUACUGUCAGUAUCACGGUCUCAGACUAACUUAACAAGCACAAGGCCCCCAGCCGAGUUGGACAAGUCGGCUUCCGCACGAGUCGACACCCGGGUCGCACGGGCAAUCCUCGCGUAGUGCAAGGUUGACGAGAUGGAUGCCAUAUAGGAAAACCCCGAGACCGACAUACCAUGUAAUUAUCGCACCUGCAUAGCCUAGUACUACAGUAGUGGCCGAUGAUGCCAAUCUUAGAUGGAUCUAAC